CCAACAUGAAUCCUCUUCUGAUCCUGGCUUUUGUCGGAGCAGCUGUUGCUUUCUCCACUGAUGAUGAUGACAAGAUCGUCGGGGGCUAUACCUGUGAGGAGAAUGGCGUUCCCUACCAGGUGUCCCUAAAUGCCGGUUACCACUUCUGUGGUGGCUCCCUCAUCAAUGAACAGUGGGUGGUGUCAGCUGCUCAUUGCUACAAAUCCCGAAUCCAGGUGAGACUGGGAGAGCAUAACAUCGAGGUCAAUGAGGGCAAUGAGCAGUUUAUCGACGCAGAAAAGAUCAUCCGUCACCCAAAAUACAGCAGCUGGACCUUGGAUAAUGACAUCAUGCUGAUCAAGUUGAAAACCCCAGCUCUCCUCAGUAGUCGUGUGACUGCCAUCUCUCUGCCCAAGUCCUGUGCACCUGCAGGCACUGACUGUCUCAUCUCUGGAUGGGGCAACACUGGUUAUGACUACCCAGACCUUCUGCAGUGUUUGAAUGCUCCCAUUCUGUCUGACGCCCAAUGCAGAUCCUCCUAUCCUGGUCAGAUCACAGAAAACAUGAUGUGUGCUGGCUUCCUCGAGGGUGGCAAGGAUUCCUGCCAGGGUGACUCUGGUGGCCCCGUUGUCUGCAAUGGAGAACUCCAGGGUGUUGUCUCCUGGGGCAUUGGCUGUGCCCAGAAGAAUUACCCUGGUGUCUACACCAGAGUUUGCAAAUACGUGGACUGGAUCGAGAGUACUAUUGCUGCCAACUAAAUUCCCUUGGCUCCCUAUACUGUUCCUUCCUCAGUAUUCUGGGUGGGGACAUGAUGGAAAUAAAAUGAUGCUGUAUUA